AUGGCGUCUGGGUGGAUGUCCCGGGUGGGCUGGAGGCUGCUGCCGCGCACGGGGGGCGUGGGGCCGGUCUCGGGCAGUGCCAUGGGGAGAAGCGUCCUCUGGGCCCCCCUGCGCCCAGGUGAGGAGUGUGCCCGGCCCUGUGUGUUCAAGGGCCACCUGGAUCAACCUGUGGCACUGGCGCGGGUGCGUUGGUGCCGUGACAUGAAGGCUCAGAGUAAGGCCUUAACCACCAUCCGUGCCACCCUCAGUGUCCAGCAGGGACCUGUGUGCAAGGCCAGCCCUUUGCACGUCUGUCAGCUCCCCGAGGACAGCGCGGUCGUGUGCGAUGGAGCAGCUGUGAGCCGCACCAUUUUGGUUUUAGGGGGGCCUCCAGGCCUCUCCCUGAAAUGGGGCUGGAGGCCGAGCAAGUGUGGCAGUUCCGCAGCGGAGGCACCCAUCAGAAAAGAGGACGAUGCCGUCCUUCAGUGGCUCCUGCUUCUCAUCCCUGUGACUGCUUUCGGCCUAGGGACGUGGCAGGUCCAGCGCCGGAAGUGGAAGCUGAAGCUGAUUGCAGAGUUAGAGUCUCGAGUUAGAGCUGAGCCCAUCCCUCUGCCUGCAGACCCCAUAGAGCUCAACAGCCUCGAGUACAGGCCAGUGAAGGUCAGGGGCCACUUUGACCACUCCAAGGAGCUGUAUAUGAUGCCCCGGACCAUGGUGGACCCGGCCAGGGAGGCCCGUGAGGCCGGGCGCAUCUCCUCCUCAGCUGAGAGCGGUGCCUACGUCAUCACCCCCUUCCACUGCUCUGCCCUGGGAGUCACCAUCUUGGUGAACAGAGGAUUUGUCCCCAAGAGGAGAGUGAAGCCAGAGACCAGGCAGAAAGGCCAAAUCCAGGAGGAAGUGGACCUGGUUGGGAUGGUGAGGCUCACUGAGACCAGGAAACCGUUCGUCCCAGAGAACAACCCUGAGAGGAACCACUGGCAUUACAGGGACCUGGAGGCCAUGGCCAAGGUCACAGGCGCAGAGCCCAUCUUCCUCGAUGCAGAUUUCAAGAGCACUGUCCCCGGAGGGCCCAUCGGAGGGCAGACGCGUGUCACACUGAGGAAUGAGCACCUGCAGUACAUCGUCACCUGGUAUGGCCUCUGUGCAGCCACAUCCUACCUCUGGUUUAAGAAGUUUGGUCGCUGGACCCCUGGCAUGAGGUAG